CCACACACAAAACAAAACAAAACAAAUACAAUACAAUACAAUAAAAUACAGAACAUCAAUCCGGAUCCUUCUGUUUCGGGAGGGAGGAAUCUCCGUGGCAUCGCAACAUAACACAACACAACACACCGCAACGCAGCACAAUACAAUACAAUACAAAACAACAACCAAAGCCAGGACAACGCACCAUGGCGGCCACGGUCUUUCGAUCGACGGGGUUUUGGGUUGGGUCCUUGACCACCGAUUCGGCCAGAAAAAUCGGCAUCGCCGCCGGAAGCAGCCGAACMGGAGCGAGGGUUCUUCUCCCGAAGGGCUGCGCCGGUCGAUCCUUCUCUUCGUCUAGCGCCCCUUCUCCAAGGGCGGAAGAUCCCUGGAGGGUGGCCAUCGUCGGAUCCGGUCCCUCGGGGUGCUACACCGCCAAGUACCUGCUGCAGGGAGCGGGUCCUUCUUCUGCUGGCUCGAAGCACCGGUCCCCUUGUCCCACGAUCUUCCACAUCGACGUCAUCGAGCGGCUGCCAACCCUUUACGGGCUGGUGCGGAACGGGGUCGCCCCCGACCACCCGGAGGUCAAGAACGUCCAGAAGGACUUUGACGCCCUCUUUGGGGAAAGGAAGGAAAAGCAGCAGCAGCAGCAGCAAGCCGGCGAACCAGAGGCCACCGAAACCGAAAGCCACCGCGUACGGUUCUUUGGAAACGUAACGGUGGGGGGGAGCAUCGGGGGCGCGGGCACGGACGCGGACGCGGGCGCUUGCGAAAAAGUCCGGGCGGAGGGCGUGGCGCUGGCCGAGCUCCGGAAACUCUACGACGUGGUGGUCCUGGCGUACGGUUGCGAAUCGGACCGGGAGCUGGACCUCCCCGUGGACGUGAAAGGGGAGGGCCCUUCCACCACCGGGGGCCGGGGGGACCGCCCGGGGGGCGUCCUGAGUGCCCGCCAGUUCGUCAACUGGUACAACGGGCACCCCGACUUUGGAUGGGUGACGGAGGAGGUCCGGUCCGCCCUGUGGGGCAGAAGCGGCAGCGGGAACAACGAUGGGGGGACCGGCGGCAACCCGCAGCAACCACAAAAACAGCAAUCCAUCGUCGUGAUCGGGCACGGAAACGUGGCGCUGGACUGCGCCCGCAUCCUGGCCAAGUCCCGGAGCAGCCUCGAUCCGACGGACCUCACCACGCGGGCCAUGGACGUCCUGCGUCCGCUUGGGGAGCCCUCUUCCGUCCACCGGAAGGUUUCGAUCGUCGGCCGGAGGGGCCACGUCCAGGGAGCCUUCACCAUCAAGGAGGUCCGGGAGCUCACCAAGCUCCGCGAGACCGAGGCCCAAGCCUUUGCGGAAGCAACGUCCGAGAGGACAGAAACCGCUACCGAAUCGGAAACAGAGCCAUUCCGCCGCCACGACGCGAGCUUUGUGGUCCGGAGCGACGAGCUCGAAAUGGGAAUGACGGAGACCUCCAGGGAGGAACUCACGAGGCCCAAAACCCGCAUCCACAAGCUCCUGACCGAUCACUCCGCCGUGUCGCAAAAGGAGCAGGAACAGGAGCAGCACCAACAACAACAACAGCAACAGCACCAACAACAACCCGGCGAGGCCGACAACGCCCACGACACAACCGAGGUCCACCUCCGGUUCCUGAUGAAUCCCGUGCGCUACGAGGCCGUUUCCACCGGUGCUCCCMCCCCGUCCUCCCCCCCCCGCCUGUCCUCCGUCGUCUGCGAGCGGACCGAGCUGGUGGGGGACGCCCCCGGGGCGCAGGCCGCCUCCGGAACCGGGGCCUCCGAGCACCUGGCGGCCGAUCUCUGCCUGGUCAGCAUCGGCUACAGGGGCCUCCCGAUCGACGACCGGACGGCGGAGAGCUUCGACGACAAGCGCGGGGUCCUCCGGAACGACCACGGGCGGCUUCUCGGAGGCAAAGACGAAGAAAAACCGGACGCGGUUUCCUCCCUCGCCCCCCUGUACGUCUCCGGGUGGCUCAAGAGGGGCCCAACGGGGAUCAUCGGGACCAACAUCGGGGACGCCAGGGAUACGGUGGCCUCGAUCCUCUCCGACAUGGAGGCCGGGGCCGUUUCCAGGCGCAGCCGCAGCGAGAACGCGAAAAGCCACUCCCUCCGGGACCUCCUGGACGACCGCGGUGUCGAGUACGUUGACUGGGAGGGCUACCGGGCCAUCGAGGAACGCGAGGCGGAGGACCACCGAAAGCGGCACCCGGAACAACCCAGGGAGAAACUCGUCGAUCGGGGGGACCUGCUCGAGGCGGCAAGGAAUGCAACCGGAUGUUAAAUACAUGAUGAUGCCAACGACGCGGCGAACCAAAGCAGAGGCCCGGGACGGUAGCGACGAGAAGACGGAGACGGAUGCAUGGUGUGGUCGGUGGACGCAACGAGAGAACGAGUGGCAGGGCAAGAAGCAAAAAGUCGAUCGAGGAGAGCCCAUGGCAUUAUCGUGAUUCGUGGCAGGGCAUGGUACUCUUUUGGUUCUGCCAUUUUCUGUACGGGUUGCAGCCGAUCCGAUGGACUGCUCGGAUGGCAACCAAGGAUCAGACCAAGGAGCAGACCAACCGACCGGGAACACGAGAAAAAUGUUCCGCACGGUUGGUUCUUCGGCAGCUAUCUCAAACACCAACUAGAAAUGUUCUAAAACGCCAUAGUGGUUUCGUUUCGUGUCUUGGUGCCAACGGCUUUGUUCGUGAGCGUUUAGAGUAUUGCCGUUCCUUGGAAGUUGCGUAUGAGCACACAGCAGUACGUACUUCGAAGAAAUACUUUGUACCGCAGUAGUUUUUAUCCAUAAAACUGCAAAGGAAGA